GUUCAGUUGGAGUCUGGUCACGUGAUCGAACAGCUGAUGUGGAGAGCGAGCAGACGACACCCAUAAGUCGGCGGUGCUUGUGCGAGAGGCGAGGGUGUGUGUGUGUGUUGAUACCUGGCGGAGGGCUUCCCGGUCUCCUCCUCGGCCAGCGGACAGCGAGGCGGUGCUAACAUGUGAAGCAACAGCGGAGAACGCAGAAUGGGCUUGUUGAGAGGCCGCGGCGACACCACCACUACCUCCUCCACCAACACCAGCACCUCUUCCUCCACCACCAGUAGCAGAGACCGCGCCGCCAGCAGCAGGAGGCGGAGAGUGGGCGGACUGAGGCUGCGGUGACGCCAUUGGAGAAUGAUCCGGCACGCCCACCACCACCACCAUCGCCACCUUCCCGCCCAUCACGCCCACCACCAUGGCCAUCUCCUCUCUGGACCGGACACUGGCCAGGAAUUGGAGCCGCUCGUGGAUGUAGAACACCAGCCAGCCCCUAAUGACGUGCUGCACCCCUACCCGCUGAGACAGCUGGAGGUGGCGGAGGGGCGGGCGAGGGGGACGUGCGCGCUGCCCCACGUGGGACUCUUUAUGGCUGUCAUCUCGUCGCUGUUCUUCUCCCUCUGCUCCCUCAUCGUGAAGAUCCUAGGCGACAUCAACCCCAUGGAGCUGGCAGUGUUCAGGUUCCUUGGAAUUCUUCUGCCGACGCUGCCGUUGUUAGUGCGCCGUGCCGAUCCGCCCUUCCCCAAGGGGCGACGUCUCAUGCUAAUCCUCCGUGGAGUGGUGGGCGCCGUGUCUCUCAUGUUGCAGUUCUACGCCUUCAGGCACAUGCCGCUCGCCGACGCCUCCGUCAUCAUCUUCAGCGUGCCGGUGUUCGUGGCGGUGUUCGCUCGCGUGUUCCUGGGGGAGCCAUGCGGCCUCUUCCAUGGUGUGGUGAUCGUCCUUACCAUCGCCGGGGUGGUGCUCAUCGCUCGCCCUCCGCUGCUUUUUGGGUCGCUGUCUGAAGCCUACACCACGGAGAACUGGUGGGGCGUGGCUGCGGCCGUCGGAGCCACGGUGAUCGCGGCCAACGUGUACGUCAUCCUGCGGGUGCUGAAGGGCCUCCACUUCUCUGUGAUCAUGACGAAUUUUGCGAUAGUGGCGCUAUGCCUGACGCCCGUGGUGUCGUGGAUCAGCGGCCACUUCUGUGUUCCCCGCUGCGGCUACGAGCGUUACUUGAUCUUGGCUAUUGGCGUCUUCAGCUUCGGAGGUCAGAUUCUCCUGACGAAGGCGCUGCAGCUGGAGCAGGCUGGCCCCGUGUCCAUUGCGAGGACGGCGGACGUGGUGUUUGCCUUCAUCUGGCAAGCAGUCUUCUUCAAGGAACUGCCGGAUCUGCUCAGCUUGAUGGGCGCCCUGCUGGUCAUCUCAUGUGUGUUCCUGACAGGCCUCCGGAAGUGGCUGCUGUCCCUUCCUCACACGUCCGCCGUGCGACGCAGACUGCGCUGCCUCACCUGCUGACCUCCGUGUCUCGAUGCGGAACACCACACUUGAUAUCAGAAGCCGCACACAUAGUUGACUAGUUUCCUAUGGUGUUUGCUUUCCAGAAUGGCUGUGUGUCGCCUCGUAGUAUUCAUAGUCGUUUAGGGUAGACAUAACAAGAAGUAAUUCAUUUAUUCAGUCCUCCAGUAUGCAUUACCUUCCCCCACCUCCCCUUCCCUCAUUAUUACCUCUGUGGUAGCUUUGGAUCUCGGAGUCAGUAUUCAUUUCAGUAUUGACGCUGUGUCCCACCAAGAUUCACACGCUCACACUCGCACGCACGCACAUACACACACACACACACACACACACACACACACACACACACACACACACACACACACACACACACACACACACACACACACACACACACACACACACACACACACACACACACAGCUGGUCGGCUCCUGUGGAGUAUUCGUAACGAAGUGCUGUGAAGUCUGUUACAAUAUUGUGGUCGGUAUUUGAGUGUUGUUAAGUAGAUAAUGUGAUGCGUGAUGUGAACUCUACUAGUGCUGAGUGCUUCCCGUGCUGUGUGUGGCGCGGCGGGCUCACCACCACCACCACCGCCACCUCCACCACCACCACCACCACCUCCACCACCACCACCAAGCCCAAAACGGUGAAGGCGAGAGUGGCGGUGACGACAAAGUAGAUGACAUCACUUAAGCGAGAUGAACAUUAAAGAGAAACUCUCUAAGGAAUCUGAUACCUUUUAGUGCUGGUUUUGAUCGCCUUGUGCUCCUUACUUGCUACUCUGACGCCUUACACUCUUAUUACUGAUGAAAACCUGGAAUUUCAUCUGAUUGUAAAAGUUUUACUAUUUCUUAUCUUAUUUAUUUUCAUUUGAUUUUCUUUUAUUGUCAUAAGCGUACACAUUACAUAACUUAAUUUAAUUGCAUAAAAAACAUUGCAUUGUUUAGCUUGACAUUGAGGACUGACACCUUUUGGUACAUUUUGCCCUCUUUUAUAUAAUUCACUACAGUAAAUAUUAUUGACGGCUAAUUUUGUUAACAUAUACAUAUUUUCUAUUAAUAGUAAAGCUAUCUGGUCUCAUUUCAUAUUCAUUAGAUAAUUCUUGAUUCUAUACUUGUAUGUUGGUUUUUUGCUAUUUAUCUAUUCUAUUGCAUUUAUUUGUAUAUAUUUGUUUAUCAUCAGGAGUUUUUACAGUAUAGUAUACCUUCCUCUUUUUCCUCUUGUUUCUUCUUGUUUCUUCUUCUUCUUCUUCUUCUUCUUCUUCUUCUUCUUCUUCUUCUUCUUCUUCUUCUUCUUCUUCUUCUUCUUCUUCUUCUUCUUCUUCUUCUUCUUCUUCUUCUUCUUCUUCUUCUUCUUCUUCUUCUUCUUCUUCUUCUUCUUCCUUUUCAUCUUUGAUUUUCCAUGGACAAUAAGAGCUGAGUGAUAGACACCAGCAUCUCUCUCUCUCUCUCUCUCUCUCUCUCUCUCUCUCUCUCUCUCUCUCUCUCUCUCUCUCUCUCUCUCUCUCUCUCUCUCUCUCUCUCUCUCUCUCUCUCUCUCUCUCUCUCUCUCUCUCUCUCUCUCUCUCUCUCUCUCUCUCUCUCUCUCCUCUCCUCUCUUUAAAAUUACUUGUUUCCUAGCAGUGACAUUUGCUUUCCGCAUUUAGUUGACAUUUACUCCCCAACGCUUUCAUAUCUCUCGUCAAAGUGCAAAUAAGCGAAAAAAAAAAAAAUCACCUUAGAGAAAACGUGGCGGAGACAUGAGCUUCUUCCACUUCUUAAAACCACGAAGCCCACACGUACGUUAACCCCCUCAAGAUUCUGGCAGUUAGAAGACCUCCAGAAGAAAGGGAUACACAAGAAAGCACACUCAAAAGGAAAAAAAAAAGUUAAUGACACACCCUGAAGAAAGGAGUGUGCCUUAUUUUAAAAAGUCAGCCAGCCAGGGCGAAGACUGUCAGACUGGUGUGUAUCCUCGCCCUGGUGGUGUCACGCUUGCACCGCUACUCGCUAGGCACAAGCACUGACUCCUCCUGGUGAGAGUGAGCUGAACCUUUUGACGGAGGGUGGAAGCACGACACACCCUCGCCCACUUACAUAAUAGUAUUGUAUAAGAGUAUUGUCAAGUCGCCGCUUUGGACACUUCCCUGAUUAUGGAGGUGGCGGCGUGUGAGAUUUUAACCCCUUCAGUACUGGGACACAUUUUUUGCCUUGAAAUUUGUGCAUCAUUAGACCAUUUUAUUGACAUUAGGAAGAGUCUAUGGAGGUCAGAAGAUUAAUGGCCACAGUCUUUACUAUUUUAACCCCUCACACAAGUUUCUGAAGCUCUGUAAUACCACCAAAUGGUAAGCAGAAUAUAUAUGAAUAAAAUCGCGUCCUGGUACUGAAGGGAUUAAAAGAGAAAGUAAUCAAAGUUGGAUAUAUAGAGUGUAAUGGAAAUUCUAGCAUGUAGUGCCUCAAUAAGGGAAAAUUUUCUGAGGACCAAGCUGUCCCCUUCCCCCGCUUCUCCCCGCGCUCCUGCCCCGCCGUGUUUCUAAACAUGUCGGCGUCUCAUCCCAACUACUUGUAAUAGCCUCCAGUGGAAGCUAUUCAAGUUUUCAAGGGUGUUUCCACAAUUACAGUGACAGUUUGAGAAGAAAUCUGCACCAUCAGCAGGGAAACAUACCCAUGAGAACACGACUCGUCAUGUUAGUGGCAUUAGAAGAUACAAGUAGUCCUAAUGAGAGAGCACAACGUUGAGAAUACAGCCCGUGAUCUCUUGUAAGGGUGAAAGGCGAGACGCAGCUCCUGGAUUUCACCCUUGCGGAAAGAAGUCACUGUAGCACACAAAACAAUGAAACUCUGUACAUGUAGCAGUAGACUUGUUUUGGAUGUGUAGACUCACUAGAUGCUCUUGUCCGGAGUAAACCUUUGUGAAGGGAGAUAUUAGUAUUAUAUUCAAUGAGACAGAGAUUAAGAUAUGAGCGGCCGAUGUAAUUCAGACGUAUGUGUGUAUGUAUGUACAGUAUGUAUUGACGUUUGUACGUAUGUAAGUGUGUACGUACUAGUCUGUGUGUAUGCAUGUAUGUAUGUACGACGUUGAUACAAACGUUGCACGCUGUUUUAUAAGUAUUUAUAGAGUAGCUUAGCGAGAAGACAAAUAUAUAACUGGUUUUAUAAGAUUACAGUUUUCUAGAGGAAAAAAGUGAUAGACCGGCGAGUGUAUAGGGAAGCAGGCGACGUGUGGCGCUAGGUCACUGCAGCUAUAGUGGGCCCUGUCUAGUGUAGCGCCCAACAGGGAGAGACACUGCGUACCGGGCUGAGAGACAGAGAGAGAGAGAGAGAGAGAGAGAGAGAGAGAGAGAGAGCAUUAAUGGAUAUUUAACGGUCACAUGCAUGUCGUAUCUUUAUAUUAAUGCUGAGAUUCUAUUGCAUAAAGAUACUAUUUCAUGUGUGUGUGUGUGUGUGUGUGUGUGUGUGUGUGUGUGUGUGUUAGGAAUGGGUUUGGUUUCCUGCGUUAAGACAGUCACAGUGCUUCUUCAGUCCCGAGGCGGCGCGCAGGUGGUGUGUUUGUUCAUGUUGGUUCAGGUUCAUGUUAUCCUUGGUGCCCUACGGAGGUUAACGUGACCGCGAGUUGAGUGAGCGUUAGGAUGUAUGUCUGUCGUGUUGUGACGGUCGGUGACGUGGUGCAGACUGCGAGGCAUUGAUAGGAGGCGAGUUGCGUCUGUGAUCACCACUCGAAGAUGUGAGCCAGUGUUUUAUGUUGAGUGUUUCAUUGGCGAAAGUAAUGUUAGAAGUGAGUGUUUAGGUGAUAUUGUCGUUACUGUUAUUGUUACCGUUGUAGGUAGGUAAGAUGGUGGCCGUGGCAGUGAGCGAUCCAUGUGUCUUGCCGCGUUCUCGUGUUUAUGUGCGGUUAGAGACGAUACCGCUACCGUUCACAGUUCGCUACAGUUAUGCGGUGAAAAUUCGCUGAGUGCAGCAACGUUCAGCGCCAGAUGAGUUGAGAUCUCGUGUGGUGCAGCUGCUGCAGGUUUAAAGAGGCUGUGAGGCUUUCCUUAGACAUCACGAUGCCACUUAGAGCAGCGGUCUUUUGUUCCUUAAUCACACUGUCAGGCGGCCCGCCUCUCACAAUUAUUGAUCACACUAUUGGCACGGAGGUUAUUGUCUCAAGUGAUGAACAUUUCCCACGUCAUUUUGAAGGUUACAUUUCCCAACAAAAGCUUUACUAAUCGUAAAGACUGCAAAGUGAAAAGUGACUCAGGCCACACGAUGAGGCGACUGUUUGUGAAUUUCAUGGGAACUGGUCUUUCUUUUUAUUGUUGCUAUGUCAUGUACUACGUUUUGUAUCACAAAUAGCACACCAAGGGCAGGGCGUCAGGAUGCCACAGAUGACCACAGCUGCCGUGGCGUGGUCUGAGUUGCGGAUGGCUAGCGGUGCGUGCAAAGGUUGGCUCCCCUGGCGUGGUUUAUCUUUCUAUGAAUUAGUUUUCAGUUCACACUGUCUAUAUGUCACGCAAGACAAUGUCUCUAUAACGUGAGGCGGUGCUUCAGUUUACCUGACGCUUGUCACUAUAAUCAAAAUUAAUGGACACAUAUUAAUCUCGUCUCUUAAGGAUGACUGCGGUGGGAGGAAGUGACACCCUUCUGCCGAGGUGUCGCCUGUAGGGAUCGCUGAAGGAGUUGUGGGGUGGGAGAGAGAGAGGAGGCACAUCACAGGCAACGAAUAGAGACGGAAAGAAUCGAUAAUGAUAAUGUGUGUGUGUGUGUGUGUGUGUGUGUGUGUGUGUGUGUGUGUGUGUGUGUGUGCGCACUUCAGUUAUGAAUAACGCAUUUACUUUUAUCUUAACUCUGUAAUCUUUCUGACUCAAGCUACCUAACAUCUCUUCCCCCUUCCUUCUCUCUGCCUCUGCUUGCUUGCUCUCUCCAGAAGAGGAACAAGAUGAAACAAGUAUCAAUUGAUUUACGUAGGCUACACUUCUCUCACUUUUCAUCACGGAACGCAGCGAUCACUCAGAAACAAUCAAAAGAGAGAGAAAAAGAGAAGAAAAAUCAGAGAAGAAAGACAGUCAUAACUUUUCAUUUCUACUUUCACCAAUCUUGGAGGCACGUGAUGUCAUUGUUGUCGAUCUGAUUCCCGCUACACACUCACUCCUUGGCAGCAAUGACUGAGAGAGUUGCCUGCAGUACGUACGCUGAGAUGAAUCACGCUUCUGUCAUACUCGUAUCAUUUCUUCCCUCAAUUUCCUGAUGACAUGCACGAUUCAUGCCUUCUCUUCCUCUCUCUUUCUCUCGCCUGACUGUAAGACUUGGACACUUGCCUCACUCACAGGCUGCAGUAUUAGAGGGAAGAGGAGGAGUUGGAAGAGGAGGAGAGGGUGUGUGCGUUUCAACGGUGCUCUUAAUGCGUGCUUGGGUAAUGGAGAAAGCGAGGAAGUACGAGAGGAGGAAAGAAGGGAGGAAGGGAGGGAGGGUGACAUGGAAGGUUGGUUUGAAAGUAAGAUUGCUCGAUUUAUGCAAGAGUUUCGUGACGUGAUGUGGGAAGAAAUGUUAAAGCAAGGAAAAAAAGAAACUAUAUCAGUAGGUUAGAGCUUUUAGCAAAGGUGGAAUUCGAAAAGUGUUUGGAAAUGUAACAAGGUGUGAGUUUCAUGUCACUUCCUUUACUGCCCGCUUGUGUUCCGGCGGGUGACGUUAUUUCAUUGUGUAUUCAUUCAUUCAUUGAUUCGCCUCGUCCGGUCCGGUCGUGUUGUGUCGAUAUCUGUAACCAUAAUCAUUCCUGGAGUCUCCUUCGCUGUAAUUUUUGCUGUAUCUCCUCGUCAAAUGUACAGUGCAGUCAGUAUUUUCACCCUUAAUAAAGUUACGAAUAAGA